UACUCCUCCUGUGUCAUACUAGUAAUUCAUAACACAAUCAGCGGAGUAUAUUAGAGAUUGACGGUCCCUCUCUUCCCCUUCCUCUUUCUCCUCCUCCUAUUAACCUCCUAGGGUUUAUCAGAACUCAACUCUCAAUGGAGUCCCAAGCACAAGAACCAGUAUCAUGUUGGUCGAACAUCGUGAAGAAAAUCCCUGAUAAACCCCCUCCACAAUCUCAACCUUCAACUACACUCUUCGAAUCAUGCAAUUCCACCACCAAGCCCAUAUCUUUAGCAGUUGUUGACGCCGGCGUCAUCAUCCAUGGAGGAGAGAGAAUUUCUUCUCUAGCCGACAAAUUCGUCUCUGUAUCUGAUGUUAUCAAUGAAAUUCGUGACCCUACUUCUCGUCACCGUCUUUCUGUUCUUCCUUUCUCUAUCCAAACCUCUGAACCUUCUUCCGACGCCCUCAAGAAAGUUGUGAGUUUCGCGAGAGCUACUGGUGAUUUGCAGACACUUUCCGAUGUUGAUUUGAAGCUCAUUGCUCUAACUUACACAUUAGAGGCUCAAAUUCAUGGUACUAGUCAUCUUAGAGACAUCCCUCCCCCUAUCCAUGUGUUGAAUGUAAGGAGAUUGCCUGAGAAAGAGUUGCCAGGUUGGGGCUCCAAUGUUCCCAACCUUGAGGAGUGGGAGGCAUUGGAAUCUGUACCAGAUAGUGGUCCAGAUCCUAAUUCUAGAAUUCUCCCGUUGAUGGAUUUAACCUUAAAUAUCCCUGUCGAGGACCAAUUGAGUUUGCAAGAUGGUUCUGUUGAAAACGGUGCUGAAGGUAAUGAUGGUGCCAAACUUACUUCGAGGAGACAUAGGAGAUAUCCACCCAAAAAGAGAGAGGUAAAAAUUGAAGGGAAGAUGGUGGCAGAUGGGAUUGAUGCAUCUCAAGGACAAGAUGAUGAUGAUAAUGUUGGUGAUUGGCGUCCUGCUGUCAGUCGAAGCACCCAUAGAAGGUUUCUUAGAAGGAAAGCUCGUCGUGAAACAUAUGAAGCAUCCUUGAAAGAUGAUGAGCAGCAAAAUGAUGUCAAUACUGAAGGAGGAGUAAUUAUGGAAGCUGAGUGUAAUGUUCAAACUUCUGAUGAUAGGCUUGUUGAUCAAGGGGUUUCUGAGGUGAAAAAGGACAUUGAUAGGGAAAAUGCUGCUGGAGAGAUCUCAUCUAUUUUGGAACAGAUCAGACUUGAAGAAGAUGCUUUGAAUCACAAGGAACAAGAUGAGAAAACUGAUUCUCAUCCAGAGGUUGCAUCAAUAGAUGCGCACUGCGAAAAUGCUCAUUCCGGGGGUGAAGGGGAUAAUGAUGCAGCAUUGGAUCACUUAGAAAAUGGAAGCGUUGACACCUCAUAUGCAGAGGAUGAUGGUAGUGAACAGAGCUGGAUGCUGAGGUCUUUAUCUGAUUCAAGCGUUGCUUGCAUCACUGGAGACUUUGCUAUGCAAAAUGUUAUCCUGCAGAUGGGUUUACGUUUAGUAGCCCCUGGAGGGAUGCAGAUACGCGAGUUGCACAGGUGGGUGCUAAAAUGUCACGCUUGCCAAAAUGUAACUGCUGAAGUUGGUCGGCUCUUUUGCCCAAAGUGUGGAAAUGGUGGUACGUUAAGAAAGGUGGCUGUUACAGUAGGGGAGAACGGGGUUGUGCUUCAAGCUCGAAGGCAUCGUAUAUCCUUGCGUGGCACAAAGUUUUCACUACCUUUACCCCAAGGUGGAAGAGAUGCCAUAUCCAAGAAUCCUGUUUUAAGGGAAGACCAGCUCCCACAGAAGUUCUUGUACCCCAAGACAAAGAAGAAAUCAAAUAAGGACGAUGAUUUUUGUGCUGUGGACAGCAUCUUCCUCAGUCACCAUGCUGAAAAGAAAGCUUCUCACAGGCCUCCUGUGAGACAAGCAUUAGCUGUCUUUAGUGGUAAAAGAAAUCCCAAUGACAACCAUUACUCUCGUGCAAAGCAUUGAGGCAUCGUUGCUGGAAAUUUUGUUAGAUGUGGUAGGAAUAUCUUAUACUUUGUAUGUUUAUUUGUUUCUGACAUCUCCUUCGUGCAUUCACUGCCUGUGUAUUGAGCUACAUUCGAAAUUGGUACCUUGUUUCUAAUUGUUAUUUAUACGAUAUGUUAAGCGUUCUUGUUCAUUCUCUCGCUAUUUACAGAAUGAUUUACCAUAUUUUGUAUUACUUUGGCUUAACCAUUUGGAAAAGUAAGAGAGUAUUUAUAUUCAUUUAGAGAUCUGAUUUUUCAGACCA